AUGGUAAAGAGGAGACUGACAAUUAUUAACGACUAUUUAAGAGCGUUUGUGCAAGAACAAGAGAAGAACGGCGCAAAUAUAUUCACUGUCACAAACAAAAAAGUCGAGAAAAAAGGAGAACUUAAUUUUAUUGGUCGUACAUCGGAUAGCAACACCAAAAUACGUGACCUAGCGACGAUGUACGACAUUAUCGGGAAGAUUUGUCACAUGAUCAACAAAGUGUUCAAUUUUCAGAUUUUCAUGACUCUUGUAUCGACGUUUACGUAUGUAGUUAUUACGAUAUGGACAUCUCUGUACUACUACCGCAAGCCUGGCAGUAAUUUAGGAGAAUUGAUCAACACUGCAGUUUGGUGUUGCAGUGCAAUAUACACUGUUGGUAUCAUGUCAGUUUCUUGUGAGCGAUUGCUUCUGGUACGGAACGAGACUAGGGUACUGGUGAACAAGGUAAUAAUGAACUAUGAUCUGCCGAAGACGAUGAGGGUACAAGCUAAAGCGUUCAUGGAACUUGUGGAGGCCUGGCCGUUGCGUAUCUAUAUUUACGAUAUGUUUUCAGUAGACAUCACGUUGAUGUUAAAGUUCAUAAGUGUUGCAACCACUUACCUUAUUGUUAUUAUUCAAAUCUCACAUUUUGUGUGA